UUUACAUGUAGCCGAGGACUCCAACUGUAGCUCGGCUAGUUUACAGGCUAACGGGCUAACUCCUGUCUUUAGCGUUAUUUCCCCCAUUUGUUAGCCUGUACUGUAUUUCACGAUGCCCCCAAAGACUAAAAGCAAAAAGGUCGUGAAGGGGAAGUCCUCGGCCGUGGUGGACGGUCUUUCCACGGAUGAAAUGUCUAAAGAUCAGCUGGAGGAGCACAUCAUCCGCCUGCGAGAGGAGCUGGACAGAGAGCGGGAGGAGAGGAGCUACUUCCAGCUGGAGAGGGACAAGAUCCAGGCAUUCUGGGAAAUCUCCAAGAGGAGCCUGGAGGAGACGAAUGCCGAGCUGAGGAACAGACGGAGGGAGAGGGAGGAGGCGGAGGAGCGCCACCGGGUGGAGAUCACUGUGUACAAGCAGAAGCUGAAGCACGUCCUGUCUGAGCAACACAACACCGUCUCUGGGCUGAAGAUCGACGGCGUCUCCUCGAGCGGACUCAUCCGGCUGCAGAGCGCUGAGAAGGAGCUCGGGCUGAGGAGAGAAACACACGGCCAGCAGGGGGACUUCUGGGAGAAGAAGCUCCACAACGAGAACUGCAUCAAGGAGCUCAAACUGAAACACCAGGUGGAGUUGAUGGAGCUGACAAACACCUUCGACAAAAGAUUCAGAGAUAUUGAGGUGAAAUACCACAAGAAAACCGAGGCGAUGAUCCAAGCGGAGGGUAAGAGGCGGCGUGCGGAGGUUUUAGAGGUGGAGGACCGGAUGAAGAGUCGUGUUGUGGCUCUGAUGGAGGACCAGGAGCGAGCUCUCAGAGGAGCAGAGGAGUACUACUCUGCUGUUCAGAGCAAACUGAUGGGGGAUCAGAAGCUGCUGAAGGAGGAACUUGCGGAGGUGACGAAGCUUCAGGUUCGAUCCGACAAAGACCUCUCCUCAGCGCAGCAGGAGAACAGGAAGCUGAGCGACGCUCUGCAGGAAGCCGAGCAGACGCUGCCCGCUCUGCACCGACAGCUGCAGGAGGACCAGCAGGCCAAGAACAAGAUGGUGGCGAGUCGAGCUCGAGUGAAGCUCAUGGAUCAGGAGCUCAGAGAUCUGACCGUGGAGCACGAGCUGCUGCUGCAGGCCUUCGAAAAGGUUCAGCAGGAGCGAGAUGAUCUCCUGCAGAACCAGACGCAGACCCUCCUGGACGUGCAGCAGCGCAGCGGGCUGAAGCAGCUGCUGCUGGAGAGGAAGAUGGCGGCGCUGACAGAGACUGUGGAGAAGAAAGAAGCUCAGCUCUGCGCCGCUCUCGCAGCCUCUAAAGUCACACAAACUGCAGGGGGCAGCGCAGCGAACAGAGUGGAGGAUAUAUUGGAGUCCAAACAGGUCACCAUCGAUGACCUUCAGGGAGGCUUGGCUCGGGAUUGUAAGGAGUACGACGAGCUGCUGAGGAGCUGCCAGGAGAAGACGAGGUCUUUGGGGGUCGACUUCCCCUUCAGACCCUCACAGCUGAUCCUGGGGGGCAAGGACUCUUCGGGGACUUAAAAACACCAAAGACUUCACUUCUCUCUCACUGUGUGUGUGUGUUUGUGUGUCUGUGUGUGUGGCCUAGCAUUACUAUACUUGUGGAGACCUAAAUCUGUUUACACAGUCACGUGUGGGGACUGGCUUCCCUCAUGGGGACAAAAUGGAGGUCCCCAUGAGGGGAAUCAUUAAUUUUAG